UAUCGGGUUUACAUGAGACCAACCAGCCGCUUGGAUGAGAAGAGCGCAAAGUGAAAUCAUUCCGCUGGAAAGACGCAACUUCGGCGGCUGCUUCGCGAACACAUUAAUCGCGAAAAAGGAUCAAUUUAGAUGUUUUUGAAUUGUUGUUUUUUUGUUUUGUUUUGUUUUUUGUUCGUGGAUCGGGCUUAAGGAGAGAGAAGAAGAAGAACGAGAGUGUGUCAGCUAAUUGGGAUGAGAGUUCAAGUCAAGCGAGCCAGCAGAUUGGACCUUUAAAGCCUCUUAACGCAGGUGGUGGGAGGAAUACGGCGCAAGGGGACUGUGUUUAUGUGCCGUGCAUGUGCGUGUUUCCGUGCAUGUGUCGAUCCCAGUGGAAAUCCACCCUGGGAACAGCGGCAAGGGGGCGAUCAGGUGUGUGUGCGCGCGCGUGUGGGUGUGGGUGGGGGAUAAAUCCAAGCGGAGACAGAGGUAGUUAUGGUUUCUCUGACCUGGACGCGAUGAAGUGGCUCUGCGGGAGUUCCAGGGUUUAAGACCGGAGAGGAGGAGAGCUGGGCGGACGGAGGGACACAGCGAGGGAGGAGGAGGAGGAGGAGGGGGACACCACGCACCGCCAAAGCGCACAACACGGUCCCCAAUCCCUUGACGCAGGGAUGGAGAGCACAAGAGCGCACAGGGUAACUCGGCUCGGUCCCCCAAACGGCAGCGGAAAGAUCACCGGGCAGCCAGGCAUGAAGAGUGAGCGACACCGGGGACACCUCCACCUGCAGCGGACUUUGAUUUUUCUCGUCGCGCUCACGAUACAACCGCAGGCUGUGUGUGCUGUCGGGAUGUUCGAGCUGCAGAUCCGUCACUUCCAGAACCCGCACGGACUUCUGCAGACCGGAGACUGUUGCGACCUCCAGGCCAGCGGGGGGCAGCGCUGCUCAGCAAGGGACCAAUGUGACACUUUCUUCCAAGCCUGCCUCAAGGAGUACCAGGCCCGGGUCGUCCCAACUGGAGCCUGCACCUUUGGGUCGGGCACCACAGGGAUCCUGGGUGGAAACUCCCAGUCGCUCCGCCACCGAGGACAUGAUGGAGGAGGAGGAGGAGGAGAGGAUGGGACUAAUGGACACAUUGUCAUUCCCUUCAAAUACGCUUGGCCAAAGUCCUUCUCUCUGGUGUUGGAGGCUCUCGACUAUGACAACGACACAUCAGAAUCAGGAGAGUUGAUUGAGCGAGUCCUCCUCUCCUCCAUGUUGAACCCUGGUGAACAGUGGCAGACGUACCGUCACCACGGGCGGACUCUCAGCCUGGAGUACCGGCUUCGUUUCCGCUGUGAUUCAAACUACUACGGACCUUUCUGCAACAAGUUCUGCAGGGCCCGCGAUGACUUCUUUGGCCACUUCAACUGUGACCCCAGCGGUGCCAAGGUCUGCAUGGAGGGCUGGACGGGACCAGAGUGUAAAGAAGCCGUGUGCAAGCAGGGUUGUCAUCAGGUCCAUGGCUCGUGCACUGUACCUGGAGAAUGCAAGUGUCAUUAUGGCUGGAAAGGCCCUCUGUGUGACCAGUGUGUGACAUUCCCCGGCUGUGUGUAUGGAAGCUGCACCGAACCCUGGCAGUGUGUGUGUGACGUCAACUGGGGAGGACUGCUGUGUGACAAAGAUCUGAACUACUGUGGCACUCACCAGCCCUGUAAGAAUGGAGGGACCUGCACCAACACAGAGCCAAACGAGUACCAGUGUGAGUGCCAGGAAGGUUUCAGAGGACGCAACUGUGACAUCGUGGAACAUGCAUGCUUGUCGUCCCCAUGUAUGAACGGAGCCACUUGUGUGGAAGACCCAACGGGCUUCAGCUGCAUCUGUACUGACGGCUGGACGGGACACACCUGUGCCGAUGUGGUGAGGCAGUGCGAUCGGAUCCCUUGUGGACGUGGAGCAACGUGUCAGGAGGCUCCUGGAGGUUACCGGUGCCUCUGCCCACCUGGAUGGAUGGGGAGGACCUGUCAGCUGGACACCAACGAGUGUGAAAUGAGUAUAUGUGUCCACGCCCGCUCUUGCCGUAACCUGAUCGGAGGAUACCUGUGUGACUGCCUCCCUGGGUGGACAGGGCCUAACUGUGACAUCAGGAACAGCAGCUGUCAGGGUUUGUGUUUGAACGGCGGAUAUUGUGAGGACCAGGUGUCAGGGUCCAGAUGCUUGUGUCGCCCUGGUUUCUCAGGGAAAUAUUGCCAAAAUGGUCCAAGCCCCUGUGACAGCGCCCCCUGUCUGCAUGGAGGACAGUGUGUGGAGAUGGAUGGAAGAACCAUUACCUGCAACUGUCCCAUGGGAUAUUCAGGAAUCUUCUGUGAGAUAGUGCUGGAUCUGUGCAAUCCCAAUCCUUGCCAGCAGGGGGCACCCUGCCACAGCACAGAGGGCAGAUACGUGUGUGCCUGCCCUGAGGGUUACUAUGGUAAUGAGUGCAUGAGCCUCAAAAAUGCCUGCAUUGGGCAGCAUUGUCCAGGUGCCAUGUCUGACAUGACGCAGGGGGGUGUCAGCUUCUACAUUAUCCUGGUGGGCAUCUUAGCUCUAGUGACGGUCUGUGGCUGCACAGCCUGCGCCUUCAUCCUCUCCCACCUCCAUCGAAAGCGGAAAAAGCAGCAGGCCGUCCCACAGGAAGAAGGCAUCAACAACCAGAGGGAGUUCGUCAACCUCAUUAGAAACGUAGACCGUCCCGUGCCUCUCCUGCCCCCCACCGCCGCACACCCUCCAGCCCCCGCCCCUGUCUCACGUUGCUACGAGGAGAUUGAACUGACCCUGCCGCCCUCCCCAGCACCUUCACACCCCUCACCGGCUCUAAAGCCAGCCCACGCCCCCAAACUGGACAUUUCAAACCGGGAGAGGGAGAAGUUGAACCGCUUCCACUACACAGACAACCAAGAACUGGAGGCCUGACCCUUGAAUUUUUUGGCCUCUGAGGAGAUUUUUAUUUUAUUUUGCGUUUUUCGCACUCUGUCGCUCACAGGGACCUGUUUCCAGUUUCUUGCACUGGGUCCCUGUUGCAGUUUUGAAAAGGGGCUGAUCCUAUGACCUUUAUAUGCUCAGACAGCUAUCAGCAGACACCUGAGGAGCGAAGGCUGCUAAGUAAAAGGGUCAAAUUCUUACUGUGUUGACAUCUUUGACCUCAUUUUGACAACUAGGACCUAGGAGCAGCAGGCCCAUGAUGUUUGACUGAAAGAUUCAUUAGACUCUUGAUGUAAUCUGGAGACUUGAGUGCCUGAGAUACUGUCAAGAGGAAACAGAUGAUCAUCCUCCGAAGGAGACUCGCGACCUGUUUCCUGGUCCACGACGCCAUCUGAUUGGUGUUCAGACCACCAUUUCUGUUUCAGACAGAGAGAUUAACGAAUGGAUGCUUAUUUAACACUCUGUGUGUUUCUGUGUCUGGCUGUAUGUAAGUGUGUGCAAGAGUGAAAUGGAGAAUGUAUAUUGUGAGUGAGCGUGGAGGAAAAGGAAGGACAGAAGCAGUUUACUUUAAGAAAAGAAAACAAAGUUGAUAUACUUGUCAAAGAGAGUGCAUACUCCUGCUCCAAAGGCUUUUAAGCCUUUUGGAAAUUGUUUUAAAACUAUACACUGUUGCCUGUAUUGUCUCUGUAAUAUUACAGUAUGUCAAAGGUGUAUGAUUUUUUUCAUACCUGCUUGUAAAAUAGCUUUUUUGUACAUGGAUAUACUGUACAUAUUGAUGCCCUUUUUGUACUGUGGUUUGGUCUGAAAGUAUCACUGUAUUACCUUGCUCUAUUUGUCCCAUUUCGCUUUCCAUUUGGAGCAACCAGCACAUGUGGAUUGUAAUAAAAGUGCAUUUACCAACUCCAUCUUAUUUUCUAUUGCCUAUAAUCACCAGGAGUGCUGCCACACAGAGAUCAUUAACUUUGGUUUUUGCAGAGAAUUAAGUGCUUCUUUCCCCUUCUGUAUGUGCAUACCAGCAUUUUGGAAACUAUUACAAGCUUUGUUUGUACUAUCAUUGUCAAAGGCCCUAUGGUAGGAUAUUUAAUGAUGGAGCACAUGGAUCACAGCCACUAUGACUAUGUCAGUAGGUCACUGAAUGCAUAAGGUCUCUCUUUCCCUCUCUCUCUCUCUCUGACAUACAUUCACAAACAAUGAUACCGACAGCGCCAGGAAAAUUGUCCCCACUCUACCUAGAAACCGGCAGUGUCAUUGUGAGAAAAUCGUCUGUUGUUGGAAAUUGGGUAAAUUUCAAGAGCAGGUGGCUUUUGAGGGAUAUCGCUUCCAGUUAAAACUCUCUGAGUACCCUCUCGUAAACCCUUCAUCAUAAAUCAAUUGUGAUUGUUUUGUUUUUUAAAAAAACAUUUCUAUUUGGGUGCAGUACUG